AUGUCGUUCACGCUGUUGAGGGAGGCCCGUUCGAUAGCAUGCUCGUCACUCCGACAGGGGUCUCGCGCUGUGCGGACAAGACAUUUCGCAACUCCAUCAGGGCAAGUAGCGUUGAGUCCUUUAGAACCGUACAACACUUUAGACUACGGCCUUCGGUUACAAGCCCUCCGCGACGUCCAAAAAUCCAACAAACGACCCCUGACACUAUCUGAAAAGGUUCUUUACAGCCACUUGAUACCCGGCGAAGAAGGAUGGGUUCUCGACGAGAUAAAGAGAGGCAAGACGAUACUGCGCUUGCGACCGGAUCGCGUUGCUUGUCAUGACGCGACGGCGACCAUGGCGUUGCUCCAAUUCAUCAGCGCUGGCCUGCCGCGAGUCAGAGUCCCAGCUUCGGUUCACAGCGACCACUUGAUCGUGGCCGAGAAGGGAGACAAGGAGGAUUUGUCAAGAGCUGCCGGCGACCACCGGGAGGUGUAUGCCUUUCUGAGUUCCGCGACGAAGAAAUAUGGGAUAGGAUAUUGGAAACCGGGCGCCGAUUCUCACGCACCGAACGCGGGUGGCAUGGGUAUGCUGGGAAUUGGCGUUGGCGGCGCCGAUGCGGUUGAUGCAAUGUCCGGCAUGCCUUGGGAACUGGCGUGUCCCAAGGUGGUCGGCGUGCGUCUGACGGGCAAGCUCCAGGGAUGGAGCUCCUUGAAAGACAUCAUCUGCAAGCUUGCGGGUAUUCUCACUGUCGCUGGUGGUAAAGGGAAGAUCAUCGAGUUCUUCGGCCCAGGCACCGAAACCCUCGGAGCGACUGCGAUGGCUACAGUCUGCAACAUGUCCGCAGAAAUUGGCUCGAUGUCCUGCAUAUUCCCCUAUUCGGAAGCCAUGUCACGAUAUCUUUCGGCGACAAAACGGAAAGGCAUCGCCAAAUACGCCGACUCCUUCGAGCAAGAGCUUCUUAUUGCCGACGAAGGUAGCGACCGAUACUACGACGACAUCAUCGAAAUCGACCUAGCGACUCUCGAACCCCACAUCAACGGCCCCUUCACUCCCGACCUCGCCCACCCCUUCUCUCAGUUCAAAGACCAUGUUAGCGAAAGCUCUUGGCCUACGAAUCUGAGCUGCAGCCUCGUGGGCAGCUGUACCAACAGCUCGUACGAGGAUCUCGAAAAGGUCCGCGACCUUGUGAUACAGGCGAAGAAGGCUGGGCUGGAUCGCCCAAAGACACCAUUUUUGGUCAGCCCAGGGAGCGAACAGAUCCGGGCGACAGCUGAAGAGGAGGGUAUUCUUGAGACGCUACGACAAGCUGGUGCCACUGUAUUGAGCAACUCUUGCGGGCCUUGUGUCGGUCAAUGGGACAGGAAAGAUGUCGAUGUCAAGGGGGCUGAAAAGAACUCCGUCAUCUCCAGCUUCAACAGAAACUUCACCAGCCGUCACGAUAGCAACCCUGCAACUCACUCCUUUGUCACAUCUCCAGAACUGGCAACAGCUUUCGCUUUCGCAGGCAACUUGACCUUCAAUCCCAUCACAGACGCUAUCCCUGUGCCCGGCGCGACAACGCCUUUCCGAUUCACACCCCCAAAAGCGGAAGAGCUUCCCGUCGCCUUCUCCCAUGGCGCCGAUCGAUUCCAACCGCCAUUGAUGGCUGACACUUCGGAGUUGACCGUCAACAUCGAUCCUAAGAGCGACCGACUACAACUCCUAACGCCGUUUGAGCCAUGGCAGCCAGGAAACGCGAGUAACCUGACUGUCCUCAUCAAAGUCCGCGGCAAGUGUACGACAGACCACAUCUCCCCCGCAGGUCCUUGGUACAACUACCGCGGCCACCUCGAGAAUAUCAGCAACAACCUCCUUCUUGGCGCCACCAACGACUUUCUGCCAGACGCAAGCACCCUCCAGAUGAUUGGCAAAGCCAAGGACCUCGUCGACGGCGACAAGAUCAAGCCCGUACCCCGAGCAGCGCGGAGCCUGAAGAAGGCGGGUAUCAGGUGGUGCAUCAUUGGCGACAACAACUACAGCGAAGGCAGCUCUCGCGAGCACGCUGCUCUGGAGCCCCGGUAUCUGGAUGGUGUUGCCGUCAUCACCCGGGGCUUUGCCAGAAUUCACGAGACGAAUCUGAAGAAGCAAGGAAUGCUCCCUCUGACGUUCGCUGACCCUGCCGACUAUGACAAGAUCCGGGAUGGAGAUAAGAUCACACUGUUGGAUGUCGAGGAGGGAGAGUUGCAACCCGGGAAACAGGUCACGAUGGAGGUUGCCACGAAGGAACGGUCGAGGUGGAAGGCGAAGCUGAACCACUCUUAUGAGCUGAAUCAGAUCGAGUGGCUACGGGCUGGCAGUGCACUCAACUACAUCAAGCGAGUUGCUCUUGGACAGAGCGCAUGA